AAUGAAGUUGAACUCAUAAUUUAGUUAUUUUUAGAAAGGGGACUUUUCUAAAUAAUUGAGUUGCAAAGUAGACUGUACUUACAAAUGCUGUUUGGAAUAUCUAAAACGUGAACAACAUGCACGCUAUUUCUUAGUCCACAUCCGGAACAUUGUGUACAAAUAAUAAUAAUUUACAACACUUUGUAAAUUCAUAAUUUGAUCAAUUCCUCCCCAUGCCCUCCAUCAUUCAUGGGGGUGUUGCUUGCCCAUACUUAUUGGCUAGUGCACAAAACACGACACACACCAUGCUGUGUGCAAAUUUGACAGGGAGGUUUUAGUGGCAACGUGAUAGAUACACACACGCGAACUCUGGGGGUGUGUUUCGUGUGUCCGCGGACGUGUGGUGCUUGUUGGUGUCACUGCGUCUGUGCCACGCAUCUGACUCGCACGUUGCCCUCACUUGAUCAGCGCAGUUUCUUUUUUUUGUUGGAACUAAAGCUCAAAGUUGCGGCGGCUAAUGGGAUGAUAAUUUGUGCCGAGUGGCCUUUGUCCGGUGCUGAAGAAGGGAUUGUUCUGUCACACGGGCGUCAGAUUGUCUCCAUGACCACUGGGAGGUUUAGAAGCUCAACUCGAGAGAUUCAUUGUCCGUGUGCCAGCGCGUCUCGAGGACGGCAAUGGACGGGACUGCGGAAAGAACGACUGCUCACAGACCGGUGAAAUCGGCACUCAAACAGGGCACUCCGAGACACGCGCUGCUGCCUCCUCGCCGAGUCGGCUUCAACCUCGCGCGCACGCAGAUCUUCUACGUGCCCCGGGACCAGCCGGUCACUCCGCUCGCUCGUCCGCUGCAAGAAUAUAUCCGUCAGGUGUAUCCGUCCUAUGCCCUGCCGAGCUCCACGCUCCGGGCGCGGGGAGAGCGCAUCGGCCCUCUCUCAGCGAGCUCAUCAUUGAGCGCGAUCAGACCGUCGACCACGCAGUGGGCCCCGCUCUCCAGCAGCGGAACGUUUCGACCGGCGAGCAGCACCUUUGCGUCCCUUCAGCGCGGCAGAGAAAGAAUGAGAGGCGACAAUAAGAGGAUGAACUACGAGGACAUGGCCAUCAUUGCGCGAGGCUAUAAGCCGAUGCUGAGCAGGUCGUGUGAAAAUGUGUUCUCGAGCCGCAGUGAUGGAGACAAUGAGGUGAAGUCGGUUUUAAGUGAGGACUUGGUCAAGAAGGAACUGUUGCUAGGUUCAUCUCUGUGGGAUUUGAGGUCAGCACCUUUCCGCAGGUCCAUCUCCACAGGAGUGAGCUCCUUUCCAGGCUUCUCUCGCGGGCUUAACCAACACUCAAGGAUCACAUCCUCUGGACAGCUGGCCCUCCAUCCCGACGAGAGUUCUACAUUCCUGGAUUCUCAAUUCUCGGUGGCUGAUCUUCUCACCCGGCGAGAUUUGACCUUUGCUGCCUUCGUUGAUCGGACCUCGGCGACAGGAAGACCAAGCCUGCGAUCAGAACUUGUGAACACACAGUGCCAAGUGGGAAAUCUAACACCGAGAAGGCACCAGCUGUCAUUUAACACGUGGACAUAACACG